CCGUCGUCCACCUUCCACCAGGUCAGCUUGUGUUAUUCGCCUCCGUCAUACCCAUCAAGGGGCAAAAGAGAGCAAAAACCCUAAAGAAGAAGGGGGAAAAAAUUAUAUAAAAACUAAUCUUAAUUUCACUCUAGAAGAAGGAAUGCUAUUUUUACAAGCUCCCUUGAAUCGGUUGUUUUCUCUUGUUGAUCACUAGCCGUGUACUCCCUCGCCGUUUUCAACAAUUCCCCUGUGUUCCUCAAUUGAAUUCCCCGAAACCACCAAAAAGGGACAAAGGAGAAAAUCCAAAGACAAAACGCUGCCAUGCGACUCUUCGUCAUUCCGAUCUCGACAAGACGGGCCCUGAUAUAUGCUCGACCGCUCCGUCGGGACCAUGCAAAGGAGCUUUCCAUACUCGAUCGAAUCACAAAUAAAGCUGCCAAAACAUGGGCUGAAUGGGAGGAAGCCGAGAAGGGUUGGAAAAAACAUUUGGUUGUGUGGGGAAAUAAGGUCCAACAGCGGAUUCCUUAUGAAGAAUGGGGGCUCAAGAGUAUUCCUUCGCUCAAUGCUCAGCGACGGCUUGAUGAAUCGUAUGGGUCACAGAAGAUAGACGUGCUUUUCCCAGGAAAUGCGGUCAAAACUGAAAAGCUCAAGUCUAUCUUGCACAAGAUUGCUACUGAUAGGCAGGACCUACAUCGAAAGAGAAUGUGGUGGAGCUUCAUCGCAAGUCCAUUUACAGCUCCCAUUGGGCUCAUUCCAUUGAUACCUAACAUUCCUUUCUUCUAUCUUGUGUAUCGAGGAUGGUCCCAUUUGCGAGGUGCGCUCCUUUCACCUUCCUACGUGCAACGGCGUUGCUGACUGAUUCCAGCAUUGAAUGGAUCUAAACACU